CGGAAGCAAGGUGCACAGGUCGAACAGUCCUUCGUCGAGCAAGGAGGUUCGCAGGAACACGCUAAACGAACGACACGAUGAAGUUUCUGAUUCCACUAAUCCUGGUUUUGAGCGUAGCUUCGGGCGCGCGACUGAGUCUUUUGCCAUACGCAUACUUAUCAAGCCCGAUCCCGGUGUAUCACCAAUAUCAGAACACGAGAACAGGUGAGCACGCUUUUAGCUACGCGGGUGGUCCUUCCGCCCAGGAGCAAGUGAAAGACGCGAGCGGAGUCCUCCGCGGUUCCUACAGCUACAUAGACGCCAACGGCAUACUCCAGUCGGCGUUCUACGUCGCCGACGAAAACGGUUUCCGCGUAGCUGCGACGAAUCUGCCUUCGGACGACAAUGUAAAUGCGGAGGCGGCCCACAUCAUCCUCGCGAGGAGCGCGAACGCUGAAGAGAACUCGAGAUCCAAUCGCAGAAGACGCAGCACGGAGUCAGACCCGAAUCUCCAUAAAACUAAGAGAAGCACGCAGGAGAAUAUCAAAGAGGUUCUGCUAGAACCCGUGCAGUUGGCCGACGGCAUCCCUUUGGCGACCUCGCACCAGAGUCAAGUUCAAGUGCAUAAGAACACGCGGUUGGACUUGACGGAAGUCGAGGCUGACGCGAAACCGGUCGACCUGCAGCCGAUCCAGCCUCUGCAGAUUACGAAUACCAUAUUGAGCGGGUUGCCGGUGCUGACUCGGGCGCCCACUUACCAUGAAAAUCGCAUAGAGCUGCACAAGGAUCUCGGUAUCGAGGGACCCGAGCCGAAAGACGCCGUCAAGAUAGAUCCCGAACCACUGACCAUCGUCCAGUCCCCGUCUAUCCAGGCUAUUCCCGUUGCUUCCACCGUCGUCGCCAGGGAAUCUCUGCCCAUCGUGCCUGUCGUCGCUAAACAAGCUGUCCCCGUUCUGCCAGCCGUUCAAAUUGGUACCGCCUCCGUCACCACAUCGAUUUCCAGUCACGGUGUCAGCCAAAUUCACGGAGCCCAGGAAGCUGUGGCUAUCCCAAGCGUCAUCGCCAAGGAAAGUACUCCUGUCGCCCUGAUUGGUACCGAGAAAAAUGAGAGCUUGACCAAGGAAUUACCUAAUCUCGCCACAGCCACGGUGACCACUUCCAUCUCUAGUCACGGUAUCAGUCAGAUUCACGGCUCGAACGCGAAACUCGAACCCACGCUCCUAUUCAAGACUGCUGCACCCAUCGCUCAUCUGCAACCGAUUCUCAAUGUCCCUAUACAUACUUUGUAUCUUCAUUAGGUCGUCAAUUGAUUUUCAAUGAUUUUGCACGGGUUAUUGGAAAACGGACGGGUAAAUAUCUGGGGAUACACUUGCGACCUCUGAUCCAGACGAAAAAGCUUUCGACGGGAGCGCGUUCUUCGGGAUGAUCGGUCGUGGCGAACUGUGAGCGAGAGUUUCGAUCGCGAGUCGGUCGACAGCUCGUUCUACUGGCGCACAACGUUUACUUCUACUUCAUCGCCUUCUCCAUUCUCUGCAUCGGAAAUCGCUUCAACGAUAUUUGUUAAAUUAUUGCUCACCGUUCAUGCUCGACAAUAAAAAUAAAUUUAUAUCUAUGUAAUUUGAUUUCUAUUCUUCGUCCUAUGUACCCUGUUCCCUGAUCGGAAUUUUUAGACACAGCGCAGUACAAAAGUAUUACGAAUUCCCGCAUUCCUAAUUAAGUAAACUAAUCAAUAUUCUUCUCGAGCUUUUCUCAAACGAUUCCCAACGAUUUUAUCCGAGAUAGAAAGAAACUUUGUAGAACAGUUCAACCUUCGGCUCGUCAAAAUUCUAUGCAUGGUCAUUUCUUUGGUGCGUCUGUGAGAAUCGGCGGUCGUUGACCUGUCGGAAACAGAAUGAUCGCGUGUCCAGUCGUCGUAUUUGAUACUGCCUCGCUUCGGUUCUUGCGUUUUCUUUUGGUGUAUCGAAACAGGAAGGUUUCCCUCCGCGGUGUCCAUGACUCGCGGGGUUCCCAUGGGAGAACGCCGCGCACACCCUUGACCUUGAACGCCGUUCGGCUUCCCAUUAUCGGGAAUAUAUUACGGCAUUAAAGCGGCUCGCGCGUGUCCAGUGGGACGUCGGAUUAAUCCCGGGCUCUAUACGAUCGUGCUCUCCUCGUUUUCUUCCCGAAGCGAAUCGCUGUCCGUCCCAACUGCCACGGAAUCCAGGCGCGGUUCCGGAUUCUGAGGAUACUGAAUCCACGGUUUUAUGCCGAGUAGACGGAGCCUCAGACUUUUCUCAGGUGUACAAUCGUUUCCCACCGUCUAUGAAUCCAAAGGAUUAUCCAUUCUGCCCGAUGUUUAUGCCUUUCAUUACGCGUAUCUUCAACGCUCAACCCUUUCCUAUUGCCAUUCACCGACGGAUAACUGAACUGGGAACGGAUUUCUCAACGGCAAUCGCCGGCAACGUAAACUCGAACCACGACGACCUCGUUCGGUCUUUAGCGUCGCACACUCAAAAGUUACGAAACGGUUUCGAGAAAUCGAGUUUUCCACGAGGUGGUGGGGGCUGAACGGGAGAAAAAGAGUCGAAGAAUCCGGAUCACCUUCCAGGCCCGAGAGUCAAGUGCACGGUGAAGGGUGAAGGAACUCGCGCGAGAUCGGCGGCGCGAUUAGAGGUGGCCCGAAGCGUAUCUCGCGCGUAUCUCUUAAUACGCGCGGCGAAGCCCGCGGUCCCGCGAGUAAAACACACCGCUCGCCCUCGCACAUGGAAC